UUUUGUACAGUAAAAUGGCAGGCUAAAAGGAUGGGAAACUACAUAUCCACACAUACAUGCACAAUAUCCACUCGCAGUACAAGUUGUUGUUGGACGAUCGACUGCGAGGGCAGCUAUGCUGAGGAGAUUAGUGAAGGGCUGGAUGUACUACAAUCUCUUGAGUCUAAUGGAUAAACACUGCCAUCAGUGUAAUAAACAGUUUUCCCCUGGCGCAAGGAAAAGCUUUGAAUACUUCAACAUGUUAAAUUUACCAACCCUGCAACUACAACACGAUAAAAGGUGAAUGAUGGUCUAAAUUUUUCUUUAGUCAGACGUAAAGCAACAGAUGUGUUGUCUGCCUUCUAAUAUCAGUAGGAGGGGGGGAAGUGGGGGGAUUAAAUGACAACAUUUCUCUAGUGAUUUGCCAGUGCUUUAGCUUUGGUGGAAAGGGUUGCAGGGAGCCUGCCAGUUCUAGUCAACAGCAUACCCAAGGAUUGAUAGGUGUGCAGGGUCUUCAACAAGCCAGAGGAAAAGCUACAAGAAAGACACCGAACUAGAAGUUGCCUCCUUUUGGUGUUGACAAAAUUAAAGGGAGAUAUCAACAGCUGACAUGAGGCUGGUCGGUGCUGGGGUUCGAGUCCGGAGGGCCGCUGAGCCGUCUGAACCAGAAUCGGAGGAAACAACAGAGCCUGCUCAUCAUGAGCACUCUCAUUCAGAACACCAUGAGCACUCACAUACAGAACAUCACCCUGGGCACGACUACAACCACAUGAAGGAAAAGUUCAUGAAUGAGCUGAGUCAUCUGUCAAUUCCCAUGUGGGCAGUGGGAGCCAUUGUUGUGGUGGUUCUGGUCUUGGUGGCAUGCUUCAUCUUCUGCAUUUUUAAGAAAUGCUUUGGUAAAAAGAAAAAGCCAAAGAAAGCGAGGGAGGGGAAGGCAGGUCGCCGCAGAAAGGCAAAGGAAGGUGAAGGAGAGACUGGAGAGAAGGAGGGGGAGGUGAAGAAAGAAGGGGAGGAAGAGGAGAAAGAACAGGAAAAGUUGGGUAAACUGGAGUUUUCCUUGGACUACAACUUCACAGAUGCUCAGCUCAUCGUGGGUAUCCUUCAGGCUCAGGACCUUGCCGCUAUGGACAUGGGGGGGACUUCAGAUCCCUAUGUCAAAGUUUUUUUGCUGCCAGAUAAAAAGAAGAAGUACGAGACCAAGGUUCAGCGCAAAAACCUGUGCCCUGUUUUCAACGAAACUUUCAUCUUCAAGAUUCCAUACGCAGAGCUGGGUGGAAAGACUUUGGUCUUGCAGGUUUUUGACUUUGAUCGAUUCUCCAAGCAUGACAUGAUCGGUGAAAUAAAGAUUCCAAUGAACAGUGUUGAUUUGGGUCAGCCAAUGCAACAAUGGAGGGACUUGGAGAGUGGUGAGAAGGAGGAGGAAAAACUGGGUGAUAUCUGCAUCUCAUUGCGCUAUGUACCCACUGCCGGGAAACUGACAGUGAACAUCAUGGAGGCAAAGAACCUUAAGAAAAUGGAUGUUGGAGGUUUAUCAGACCCAUAUGUGAAGAUUGUUCUGCAACAAAAUGGGAAACGGAUUAAAAAGAAGAAGACAACAGUAAAGAAAAACACACUCAAUCCUUAUUUUAAUGAGAGUUUCAGCUUUGAAGUCCCCUUUGAGCAAAUACAGAAAGUGCAGGUUGUCAUCACAGUAUUCGACUACGAUAAACUUGGAAGCAACGACCCUAUUGGAAAGACCUUUAUGGGUUACGGAGCUACAGGAGUCGGACUGCGCCACUGGUCAGACAUGCUUGCUAAUCCCAGACGUCCAGUAGCCCAGUGGCACACUCUUCUGCCUGAAGAAGAAGUAGAUGCGGCACUCAAAGCAAAACCUCGUUAGAGUCACACCUGAGUAGUGACUGCUGCCAAUAUGCUACUUGUUGUUAAACCCGAAGUUUUCUUAAUUUCUAUUUUCUCCUUUCCAUUUUAUUUCCUUUGAGACACAUAUUGCGUGUGUGUGUGUCUGUAGGUGUGUAUAUAUGCACCUGUCAAGCAAUGUUUGAUAUUUGGCUGUUAUUAAAACCUUGUUUCCCCAUAUUUACCUCAUACCAUAAACCAAAGUGAUUGUCUUUAUAAGCCUAGAAACCACAUAUCUGUAAAUGUGCAUCUCUUGUGUAGGCCCAUGCAAGGUUAUGUUAAAAAUUGAUGAAAGAGAGUUUAUUCACAUAAUAAACAACUUUGUUGUUUUUUAAUGUAUUUUGGGCCUUUUUGCUCACUUUCUAGUGUUGUGGUGCAAUAAACAAAUAAACCUACAAUGGAAUGUUUCA